UCAUCACAAUGGCAAGUCGCUUGGCAAGUAUUUACGGUACGGAGCAAGAUAAAGUAAAUUGUACGUUCUAUUCAAAAAUUGGUGCUUGUCGACAUGGAGAACGAUGCUCUCGUAAGCAUGUAAAGCCAAAUUUCAGUCAAACGAUUUUGUGCCCAAACUUGUAUAAGAAUCCAGUUCACGAAGCAGCAGGAAAAAGAAUGUCUGGUCGUGAAUUGAGUUUCCAAUUCGACGCGUUUUAUGAGGAUAUGUUUUGUGAAUUUGCCAAAUAUGGUGAAGUGGAACAAAUAGUCGUUUGCGACAAUGUUGGAGAUCAUUUAAUAGGAAACGUAUAUGUUCGUUUCAAGUAUGAAGAUUCCGCGCAAAAGGCUGUAGACGAUUUGAAUUCACGCUGGUAUGCUCAAAAACCAGUGUAUGCCGAGUUGUCUCCUGUCACCGACUUUCGUGAGGCCUGUUGCCGUCAACACGAAACUUCAGAAUGUUUGCGCGGUGGCUUGUGUAAUUUUAUGCAUGCCAGAAAACCAGAUCAUCAGUUAUUACGAGAGCUAAAUAUGUCUCAGCGUAAAUAUUUUAUUAUGACUGCUCACGAUGAGAUGACAAAGCAAGCUUCGAAUCCGCAGGCCUCAUCGAAUAAUUGGGUGGGUGCGUCGGUUGAGCGAAGAAGAUAAUCUACUUAAAAGUCGUUAUGUUUUUUCCCUUUUAAAGCGAGGUUAUUCUUGGUCUAUGAGGUUUUGGGAUGUAUAUUUAAUUAUUCGAGGAAUGGUUUACUAAUAGACUAACGCCGUAUAAAAGGUGUGUACGAAGAAAAGUUAAUUUAAAUACUCUUUAAUAAGUUUGACAUUACCGUAGGAGUUGCCGAGUUUACUUUCCAUGUAUCACCAUCAUUUUGUCUGGUACAUUUCAACUAAUAAAACAAUCACUGUCGAAAGAUGGUUAUAAAUAUACUCACUACAUAUGCGAUUAAUAUAGCAUUUGUAUUAUUAUGCAAAAAGUCAAUAAUCGAAAACCUACGUAAAACUUUUAAAUAAACUACUUUCUCAAAAUGAAUAAAUUAUAAACCCUGGCUGUA